AACGAGCGUCAACGUCAAAGGUUUCGCAAUAAUGCACGCAAGAAGGGAAUCGAUCCUGCGUCACGAUAUCCACCGAAAAUUCUGCUGCUGAGUAAGUAUGAAAAACAAAUCGACAGUCGAGAUUUCGCUGAACGGAGAGCUGUCUUCGAGAACAAGAAUGCAUUUCCAUGUUUUCCGAACGUUCCACCUCCACCAACAGUUUACGAGAAAGUUGUUGCGCCUGAGAGUGGAGUGAAGAAAUCUCGAAAAAAGCCAGGUAAGAGAAAACUGACAAUGUUUGAACUAUACGAAUUGUGCGAUGCACUCUCUCCGACCAGUGCGCAUCCGAAGGGAACAACACUCCGUGACGGUCAGCUAGUGCUGGACGAGAACGAAGACCCAUCCGCUCAAAUAAUCGACGAGAACGAUGAGGGAAAAGAAUCAAGUGAAGGCGAAGAGGAUUGA